GGCACAUCACUAAUUACAAAAAACACGCUGCCGGCAUUUAUUUUGAUAUUACGAAAUCGGCUGUUAGAGGCGUAGGAAAUUAAUAAAUAACCAGCAAUAUGAUCCAGCAACAGCGUCAGAGAAUCGAGGCCGCGGUGACGGAGAUGAUCGACGACAUGGACAAGACGCACCUGCGCAAAAUGCAGAACGAGAUGCAUUUGUGCGCGGCCAAGUGCUGCCAAGAUGGAACCUCCAGCGUGGACAGUGUCCAGAGGUGUGUGGACCGCUGCUCCACGCCCAUGACGAGGGCCCAGAACUACGUCCAACACGAACUGGGAGAGUUCCAGGGCAGACUUCAGCGUUGCGUCAUGCAAUGCAACGACGACGUGAAGGUUAAAAUGCCGCCCAAUCCCAACGAGGAUCAGAUAGCCAAGUACACCGACCAGUUCGAGCGCUGUGCGAUCCAGUGCGUGGACAAACAUGUGGGCCUCAUCCCCGGCAUGAUGAAGACCAUGAAGGCAGUGCUCUCCAAGGGUCCCGAGAGCAUCCCCCAAGUCUAAGUCAGCUUGCAUUUACUACCCGGUUAUUCAUUGAACUCGUUUACCUUAAAGACGUGCGUUGUUUACAUUCUCCGGAGACGUCUUACAUUUUAGAAUUUCAAACAAAACUUAGCUUAUUAGUUGUUAAAAGUUUUAAGUACCGAUCAAAUGUAACGCUUAAAAUCUCUGGAAUCAUGUCAAACUUUGCCAUCACUUAAAAAAAAUACACAUACUUUGUACACCGAAAA